AUGGUGUCUUCUCCCAUUUCUGGUGUUAAAACGAAGGAAUGCUUGAAUACAAAUAUUACCUCACAAGUGAAGUCUCCAAAUCCUCAUUCAUCUUCUGAGACCUCUUUAUUUAAUCUGCCACAAAAGCUUAGCUUACUGGGAAAGGAAGCAAUCCAACAACGAGAAAAAGCACAGAAAAUUGCCCUUCAAGCGCUUAGAAAUGCCUCAGCCACUGAAACUAUUGUUUGGUCUCUCAAGAGCUUAUCUACUUUAAGCAAGUUGGCUAACCCUGAGGAUCCAACAGAUUGUUUUGAUCAAUUUCUUGAAUUCCAUAACCAAAUAGUUCAAGCCAUAGCCGAUAUGGUGUCAAUUAAAUCAGCAACAGAAGUCAACAAUAUCAUAAACAACUCCAAUCAGAAGUCAACAAUCUUGGGAAAACACACGAGAUCAUCAAAUGUUAACCAAAAGGGUAAAAUGGGAACAUGUGAAAAAAAUGGAAACAAGCAUUCGUGUCUGAAUGAUACGAUUAAACUAGGAAAGCAGAUUGAGAGAGAGGCUGGAAAUUGGUUCAUGGAGUUUUUGGAGAAAGCUUUGGAAAAGGGUAUAGGGGAAUCAAAGUUUAUAAAAGUUCAUAAAUCACUUGUAAUGAAGGUUGUGAAAUGGUUGGAAGUUGAACAAUGUGAUUCUAGCAAGAGGUUAGUGAAUCCUAAAGCAAUUGAAAUUGCUAGGAAGUUGAGGAUCAAGGUGAAGAGCCCUUGA